UUCCCUCAUUUCAACGCGCUCGCCUGGAGCAUGAGGUCUGACUACGCAAAAGCAGGGUACCAAAUGAUGGUAAUAAAUAAUCCAAAGUUAAACAGCAGAGUAUCAUUAAGAUACUCGCUAGCAUUGUUUCCAAUAAGUAUAAUGGCCUCUUACAUAGGCAUGACGACUUGGUGGUUUGCACUGGAUUCAAGUUUAAUCAAUAGUGUUCUCUUGGUUGGCGCUUAUCGAUUCUGGAAAGAUUCAAAUGAUAAAUCUUCCAGAGAUUUGUUUUUUGCUAGUUUAGUACAUUUGCCUGUUAUCAUGGCGUUGAUGAUGGCUCAUAAAAAGGAUUGGAGGAACGAGUCGAAGAAUGACGAGUUGAAGAAGAAAAUAUUAUUAGAAUUAGAAAUUGAGGAUUUCGUUGAUGAAGAAAUAGAGAAGGAAUACAAUAUUAACAAUGGAAACUAA